CUGGGACACGGCACCCGGGCUGUCCCGUGGCCGCUGCGGCCUCAGCUACAGCCGGGCUGGGGUACGGAAAGUCCAGGCCGCUUCCAGGGCGGACAACAUGUAAGGUAGAAGGCAGGUAAUCAUUUCCCCUACUUGACAGAAGGGUUACAUGGCUGGCUAAAAGUCAUACAAUUGACAAAGCUGGGACCAGAAGGCAAAUCUCCUGAUCCCUGGUUCUCCUCUCAGUUGAAAAAUCCUGUUUUGCAAUGGCCAAGGGAGCGUUGAAGUAGGAUUAAUUUUCCCAGCAUGGGCAACUAUUUGCUUUCUAAGUCUGGAACUUGUCACUAGAAGAGGACUGAGCAGAGCCAACAGCACUGGUUCCUGGAAGCAUUUCUUGAGAGUGCUUCUGAUUGUGACAUCACAUCCAUCCCCUUGGCGAUAGAGCUUGUCACUGGGAAGGAAGACUCAGUUGGAGAAUAGCCAUCAAGAUGGGUUACUGGAAGCCUCUCCCGAGUUGCACUGAGUGGAGGCAUCAGGGGGUUGGAGCCUUGUGAACAGGGAACCUGCCCCCCAACACUUUGAAGGCCCUGGGUUUCAGUGAUGAGACAUGGGGUAUGAUGUAACCCGCUUCCAGGGGGAUGUUGAUGAAGAUCUUAUCUGUCCGAUUUGCAGUGGAGUCUUGGAGGAGCCAGUCCAGGCACCUCAUUGCGAGCAUGCUUUCUGCAAUGCCUGUAUCACCCAGUGGUUCUCUCAGCAGCAGACGUGUCCGGUGGACCGUAGCGUAGUGACGGUUGCCCACCUACGCCCAGUACCUCGGAUCAUGCGGAACAUGUUGUCAAAGCUGCAAAUUGCCUGCGACAACGCUGUAUUUGGCUGCAGUGCUGUUGUCCGGCUUGACAACCUAAUGUCUCACCUCAGCGACUGUGAGCACAACCCAAAACGGCCUGUGACCUGUGAACAGGGCUGCGGCCUGGAGAUGCCCAAAGAUGAGCUGCCAAACCACAACUGCAUUAAGCACCUGCGCUCAGUGGUACAGCAGCAGCAGACACGCAUCGCAGAGCUGGAGAAGACCUCAGCUGAACACAAACACCAGCUGGCAGAGCAGAAGCGAGACAUUCAGCUGCUAAAGGCAUGCAUGCGUGCAAUCCGCAGUGUCAACCCCAACCUUCAGAACUUGGAGGAGACUAUCGAAUACAAUGAGAUCCUAGAGUGGGUGAACUCGCUGCAGCCAGCAAGAGUGACCCGCUGGGGAGGCAUGAUCUCCACCCCAGAUGCUGUACUCCAGGCUGUAAUCAAGCGCUCCCUGGUGGAGAGUGGCUGUCCUGCCUCUAUUGUCAACGAGCUGAUAGAAAAUGCCCACGAGCGAAGCUGGCCCCAGGGUUUGGCCACACUAGAGACAAGACAGAUGAACCGGCGGUACUAUGAGAACUAUGUGGCCAAACGCAUCCCUGGCAAGCAGGCUGUUGUCGUGAUGGCCUGUGAGAACCAGCAUAUGGGUGAUGACAUGGUGCAGGAGCCGGGGCUUGUCAUGAUAUUUGCGCAUGGCGUGGAAGAGAUAUAGAUUUUGGCGGGCUGUCAGGAAGAGAUGGAAAUCAGAAAACUCAUCACUCCAGUAGCUGAGCCCUGAGUCGUCCCCACUAUCCUUAGUACUGUGGCUUCUACUUGAGCCACACAUCUCCCUACUCUUCUGGCACUGAAGGGCCCUGGAACACUUCGCUCGGCCUUUCACGUGGGAAAUCCAGAUUCCCUUCUUUUGCCUAAUUUCUUCCCCUAAGAUGUCUGUAAAUUUUCAGUCUGGUUAGGAAAAGUCCCCACCUCUAUAUCUCUUUUCCUGCCUACGGUCCCUGGUUCCAGAUAUUUUCAGAAAGCACAAAGAUACUCAUUUUCUCCCCAGAGGAUCAGGGUAGAGUGAGAAAUCUUGAAUCAGUCCCCUCCUUCAAAACCAGAGAAUCUGAGCAGGCAGGCCUGUUCACUUUAAAUAUUCAGAGGCCCGCUCUGGGGAGCAGACAUCCUGAAGAAGUGGUAAGGGUGGAACCAAAACCUUAGAAAUAAUGAGCCAGUAACUAGCCAUCAUUGAUGGCCCUUAGGGGAAGACUGGACCUCUGUGCCAAGCAAUACCUUGUUUAGCCCACCUUAAAGGUGCGGGCUACCACUGGGUCUGCAUGUGUGCAGGUGGGGGUGCCGAAAAUUUCAGAUGAACUCUUCUUUCCUACAUGUCCUCUUAAUUAGGGAAUGACAGGAAUGGGGGUAGGGGGGUAGUCUGUUGGGGUGAAUAUGCUCAGCAAGAAGCAGCACUCUGGCUUUUGCUGAAACCAGGUAGGCAACUGCCUCUUGUGGCACAGGCCGUAAUAGUUCCGUAACCCCCUGUCCAGCCCUGUGAUUGUAACCAGUUAUGUUGAUAAUUCCCUUUGGCCAUUGUUUGUUUAUAUUUCACCCUCUCCCUCCCACUUUUUUUUUUUUUUAAAGAAUGGCCUGGUUAUGGCCAUCCUACUUUUCCAGCCCAGCCACAUUGUUGGCAAUUUAAUUUAUUUACUUUUUUUUUUUAAAGAAAGGAAAAAGAAAAAAAAAUUAACAAAACCUAAAACUUUUCUUUUGCUGUUCCUAUGGUGGGGAUUCUGGAUAGGGCGGGACAGGGGUGGGAUCUGUUUUAUAUUUUUCCUUUUCAGCACAACCUUUGGCUCUAAUGUAGAAAGGGCCAAGGGAGUCCUUGGCUGAAUGAAUGUCUGCCCCAGCCCUCCGUAACCCUGUCUGAGAUGAGGGGCUGCCUGUAUUCCAGCAUCGAUGCCCGAGCCCUCUGGAGAACUCCGCUCCUGGCCCUUCCAGGGUCUCACUGUAAAACUCUGGAUUUAGAGUAUAAAUUUUGAAGAAACUCCCCUCCCCCAUUUCCUUGGAGAUAUAUAGCUGGGUUCUAAGCUUCACCAGGCAAAGUGGAAUAGAAAUUAUGUAUUUGUCGCUGAAUUUAGGCAGUGCUAUGUCUCAGCCAUGCCCCUUAAGGAGUGCAGCUCCAUUUCAGGCAUUCCUUCACCGCUAGGGUGACUGACAGAGUAAGAGAAGGGGAGGAGUAGUGGGUGUGAUUAUUUUAAUAUGCAGGUGGGAGUGAGAUGGAAGAGAGGUGGCCAUAUAAUAGCUUCUCUUUUUGGAGUUUUAUUCCAGGCCAGCUUGUGGUAGGUCUGGGUAGUUGCGUCUUGGCUCCGCUAGGAUUGGAGUGGAGGGAUACAGCUGGAAGGGAGUGGGGAACAGUCAUACAUGUUUCGGCUCCAGGACAUUGUGCUCAGGAAUUUGAAAACGCUGCUACACGUAAUCUGGUUAUUACAUUUCUUAUACUCCCUGCUGCCCCUGCCUGCCUUACCAAGGCCCAUACCCUCCUGUUGUCCUCCUCAGGUGGAGCCAGGAAGCUCAGUUCAAGCUUCCCCACCCUUUGCACUAGUGUCUGUGCAGGUUGCUGAUUGUGUUACAUGUGCUGUUCCAUGGUGUUGACUGCACUAAUAAUAAACCUUUCCCUCAAUUCUCUAAAUUCUUAACUCAGUAUCUCUCCCCUUCUUGUGAGGUUUCUCCUCUGCUUUGGCCUUUUUCUCACCUUAAUUCCCCUUCUUCCUUGCUUUGUAACCUAGCCUUGUCUCGGAACUAACCUCCAUUUCAGGAGGGUGUCUGGAAUUACUGGACACCUCACAUCUUUGCCCUGUUGUGCCCUCCUACAUCCGUCCGUCCUGGCUCCUGUAGCAGCCAAUACUCUUUCUCCAGUGAUCUGAUUUUUUUUUUUCCCCAAGGUCUGCCACUGCCCCAAAUUCCACAUCUUGUGGGACACUUUCCAUGAAAGAUAUGCAUGCACCUUCCUCCCUUGUUCCAUCUUUGUUUUAGAAUCUGGAAUUAUGUCAUAGGCAAGGAAACCUCUACCCCCCAAUGCCUCCUAACCAAGAAAGCAAAUGUGAGGAAGGGAACCCGGAAUGACCGAUUAUCUGUUGUGAUUGUCAAACCUUGAUGAGCCCUUUUGUAGGCAUUUGCUCCCACCCUCUCCCUGUCAUGAGAAAAAGUAGUCUUUUCCCCAAGUAUUAAUAUUUUAAAUUAGUUGAGCCAUUUAUUGUGCACCUAAUGUAAAUCUGAUGGCA